AGCGCAUUCGGAAGUGCGCAGAUCCCGCGUCCCUAUAAAGGGAAUAAGCUGGAUAAAAGCCUCCCAUUCACAACUUAGUCGUAGACUCGUAGCCUCAACAAGUUGGCUUCACAACUUUUGUUUGAAAGAAAUUAUAAGUGUUUAGUCAGUAUGGGAGUUCUAUUUCUCCUCGCUUUGGUGUUAACUUGUGACAAUAUUAACGGCUUGCUUAUACCUGGAUUAGGAUACGCUUCAAGAGAUGCUUCACCGUCCUUGUCUUGGUUCUCAAGAGUGCGUCGGCUGCCUCCUCUCUCGCACCGCAUCAUAGAUCCUAACGAAGAUUGUUUUAUGGUGACAUCUGAAGAAGGGGAGCUGUUCUUCAAGUCGCCGUCCAACGAGCCAGUGGUGUGUGGUAUCUAUAUGAUAGCGGAGCCAGAUAAGAGAAUCCAGGUCACUUUCAACUACCUCGACGUGCCGUGUGACAAUGGAGGACUUGUGGCGUGGAUAGAUGGCUGGGAGCUUAGUGGCCAGGUCUGGCCAGCUGACUCUUGGGAUGACGAGAGAGUUGUGGAGUCAUGUGACCGCCGACCACAGCAUAAGCUGGUUUCCCGCCAAAAUGCAGCGCUUGUGCAGUAUCGGGUACCAGCUAAAGGGAAAGGUUUUGCAGUUACUAUAAGACAUUUGAAAAACUCCAAGCCGUGUAACAUAAUGCUGUUUGGUGCGGAAGGUGUAUACACACUCCGUAACCACGGCGAAACUGGCAACUGCUCGGUGAUAGCCAUUUCUCCCAGCGUCGUGCGUGUAUUGGAUCUAAACGUUGGCCAAACUGUCAAAAAGAGUGGCAUACUUUACUUGGAGACCGGAACACUACAUCGAUGCACAAAGCGAGGCCUUGCCGACUACGUGGACAUAGGUGGAGCCUCCGGACUGGAUCACACUCGGAUGGAGGUGUUCGAUAGCAUGUGUGGUCUCGACUCUAACGAAGCCCGUCGAUCAAUUCUGAUUGCCUGCGAAGACACAGUAGUUCGACUGGUCUCCAGUGGAAAGUUCCAGAACUCCGUGACUCUUGCCUUUGCUCCGCUAUCAGUGGAGAACAUCGAGGAUGCUGACCUUAUCUGUGGAUUCAAUGAAGUCUAAAAUAUCAUGCCUAAUGAUCUGUCUGUACUACCAUCUUGAACGAAUCUAGAUGACCCUUGUGGACUAGGUAUUAAUAAUCAUAUUAAUCAUAAAGAAAAUUGCAGUUAUAUAAAUAUUGUUUAAAAAUGUGUAUAAAAGAAGCUAUACUUCUUUGUCGUAAAAAAACAGAAAUACUUAAAAAAAUAUUUCUUGUGCUAUUUUACGUUUGUAAAAAGAAUAAUAUUGUAAUAAAGCUGGGGAUACACAUUGCACGUGCCAGCCACUGCCAUGUGUAUACGCUAACUGGCAUGCCUGUAACUGGCAUACAUGUAGCUAGCACAACAUUUGAUACUUGCAUGCCCGUUUAGGGAAAGGCCGCGAGAGGUUGCCAAACUGGCAUGUGACAUGACAGUUACGGGCAUACCAGUAGCUGAAUCUUUGAUUUUGUUUAAUUCACUUCGAUUGUUAUCCAUUAUUAGCGCGCAAGAAUAGGUACGAGUUUUCUCACGAACCGUCCUGUGUAUACGCGAUGGUAUUACUGGCAUGCAAGGGCACAACCUGCAUGCCAGUAUUUAUUUAUUUUUGUUAUUGGAGAAUCUACAGCUUAACACUUUACAAUAGAUACAGGAUAUAGUAACAGAAAGACAUUUACAGAUUCUUACGAGUAGCUAGGUAAAAAUAUAAAUCAAGAACAAUAUGAGUAGUUACGUACACGAAUCAAAUGCUUAACACUAUUGUAUAACUUAUCUAAUUAUAUAUUAUCAGCUCGACCACCAAAUUGACCAAAGAACUCAUGUCCUAACUGACGCUUAAUGGAAUCAGAGCUGAUACAGAAUAAGUCAAGAUCGAAUUGUUUUGAUAUUUUGUUAAAGUUAUUGCUGACACGUACGGUGAAUGAAUUUUAACGGUAGUAAGUGCUGACAGGGAAUAUAAAGGUAGGAGCAUAUUUACGAAUUGAUUGUAAAUCCGCCGUGUGCUAACUACUCAUAAAGCUGGGGUUACACAUGCCCGUAGCUUACACAUUAGCAUACCAGCUCCUUGCACGUGCCAGCUACUGUAAUGUGAAUACGCUAACUGGCAUGCCUGUAACUGGCCUACAUGUAGCUAGCACAACAUUUGAUUUACUUGCAUGCCCGGAGAGGGAGGGUUCGCGGGGAGUUGCAAUUGCCAUACUGGCACGUGUGAACAGACGCGAGAAACUUUCAUGCCAGCUACUUUCCCGAUUUACUGACAAGUGUAUCUCCGUCUUUAAGACGAUAUUAAAUACAAACAAUGAAAACAAUUAGAUAUAAAUAUUUAUUAUAUUUUGCAACUUAUCCAUAUUAUUGAAAUUUAUUUAAUUGUCGUCCAUUGUUUUUUGGUUCAGUACACAAACUAUGAGGUACAAAAGGCUUAUAGGUUAAGCUGAAGUAUGAUAAAAUACAAAUGGUUAAGUUGAACAACUGUUAGGGUGUCGGUGCGCGCGCACCCUAUAAAUUCACUCUUAUAAUUUUUCUCUAACGCGCCAAAAGAAGUAUAGUUUCAAUAAUAUAUUUAUAAUUAAUAAUUAUCAUAACAAACUCAAUAUUAUUAAAGUAAAUGUGUAAAAUGUCUCACCUUUUUUAUAAUUAAGGACCCAAAGCUAAACGGCUUAGUAGUUAUCAUAUUAUGUUUUACUACGGGUAUAAUAUAAUAUAAUAUUGACAUACUCGUACAUAAAUUGUCUUGCCCCAAACUAGGCAUAGCCUGUACUAUGAGUACAAGACAACGCUGUAUAUUUAAUACAAUAUCUUACUUAAACAUACAUAAAUACAUAUAAACAUCCAUGACUCGAAAACAAACAACAAUAUUCAUCAUAUAAAUGAUUGCACCGACCGGGAUUCGAACCCGGGACCUCUAGCUUAGUAGUCAGGGUUACUAACCAUUCGGCUAUAUGGUCGUCAUCAUAUGUUUACAAGUAUAUCUAUAGUACUGAUCUUAUGUGGUCUACGAAUCUAAUAUGCAGUGUUAAGAAUGCUGAUAAUAAGUGGGUUUGCCAUAUUCAUAUGACGUCCCCACCACAGUACAAGUAGAACAGUAGUAUGACAGCGGUCUCAUUGAAAUUAAUUAUAGUCGCCAAUCUAAAUAUUGGCGACUUUUGUAACUCGACAUCGAUCAGUCUCGGCGGUGUACGGCGUGGCACUCAAUAGAUUUGUCUCCCCAAGAAUGCUUAGCGGCUGUGUAAAUCAUGUGUUUGUGUGCGUGCGUAUAUUUGGACGCUCUAGUAUGAAGUUAUGGUACUGUUCUAUUACUGUACUGUGCCCCCACGCUCCAACGCUUUUAAGAGACCCCGCAAACUGCAGACUUUCGAGCGGCCGAUAGUUUGGUUGAGUUCGGCUGUUAAGUGCGCACACUGGCCCGACUAAACAGUUGGGCCUGUGAUGAGUGCGCACACUAGACAACUAUCGGCCGACAGUUUUAGGGACGAUUCGCUAUUAGUUUUAAGUCGGCUAUUGAUGAGUCUGGCCGACUAAACAAUCGGUGGUGUGCGCGCCUAGAAGAGCGCUGUACUGAUUUAACGGUCGGCCGAUAGUUUGCUGACGGUUCAGUUUGAAGGCAAUCGUGUAGCCCAUCAAACAUUUUUGUCGGCCAAUACUGAAUCGUUAUAAUGUGCGUACUCUCAUACAUCUUCAUACUGAUUAAGAAACCAACCAAACUAUCGGCCGAUCAAAAGUCUGCAGUUUGCGGUGUCUCUAAGACAAUAUUUAUUUCUUCAUUUCAUUCAGUGGCUCAACAUUUCGUUCGUUCAAAUUAUCAUACUAUGGAUUUAUAUAUGUUGUUGGCUUUCUCUAUUAUGUUUUAAUCAUUGGCCACCAUCACAUGAGUACCAAAUACAGCAGCUAUAAAUAUGAGUAUGGUAAAAUAUAUUACUAUAGUUGAUAAAGAGGUUUUCCAUAGUUAUAUCUCCACUCAAAUAGAUAAAAAGCUAAUUUGUGAAUACGACUUUAUCUUAAAUCUUAUUUUCACUAAUAAUUUUAUUUAUUAUAAUGCCAAAUAAUAACUAAUUACAAUUCAAAUGCAUAAAACAUUUGAAUCCAAACCAACCACUGAUUUUAUUAAGUUAAAUGUACGAUUGAUAACUUAUAUAUUUUAUUCUAGUCAAAUACUUUAGUGUCAUUUUUAUUUAUAACGUUAACUACGAGUAAAAUACUUAAUACUAAUAAAAGUAUAUCAAAAG